AUGCAGAAAUGGUACACAUCUAAAAUCAACACAUUAGUAUAACUCUAUGGUUUAGGGCAGCUGGCUGGGAUAUAAUAUAGUUUUUCAUACAGCAAAAUGGAUAUAUUUGGGAGUACCUUUGACGAUUCAAUGUUCGAAGAAGCAAGAGACAAAGCCACUGUUCCUCUUUCUUCCUACAAGGCAAAGUUCUGUGCGGCAGAGUGGUUUUGUGAGACAGAUGCUACUGAUACAGAUGACUUGUUGGACAGGCAAAAAGUGUUCAAAUUUCGGGCUGAUUUGGAGUUUAGGAAAGGAAACUACCAGAAAGCGUUAAACGACUACACCAGCUGCCUUGCAUUGGUACCAGAGGGUAAUCUAACCAUCAAACGAGAUGUGUUGGAGGCCAUGGCGCGAUGCCUGUCUCACAUUGGACAUAUGGAACAGGCACUAGAGACUGUAGAGCAACUGAGUAAAGAAGCCACAAACACGUGUCACCUGACAUGCAUCCUACUUCUGAAGGUGAACAUCUACCAGUAUUGCAGAGACCUUGGAAACAAGAUAAUUGCUCUUCAGCUGCUCUGCUGUCUCCACCCCUACAAUCAGUGGCACUGGACUGCUCUCGCGGACUGCUACAUCAGCCAGUUGGAGUCACUGAGUUCUCAGGCCCCAGGCUUGAGCUUUCUGUCACAGGAAAAUACACUGGACAUGAUAGGGCAGCAGCAAGUGAUUCGGUUGUACCCUACAGCACCAGAGAGGGAGGACAGAGACAGUGUCUGGCUGAAGGCCUGCAUGUGUUUGCUUAGAGCAGGGCUGCUCCUGAGGAUCUUGAGGAACCAGCAGUCGUCCUUCGUGCUGCAGAGCAGUGAGAAAGCCCUCCAGAGGACAGAAGAGGCACUGCAGCACCUGCAUCCAACAGAGAGGACUUUACAGCUCGUCACUGAGGUGAUGGGAGAGGAUCUGGUCCCAGAGAAGAUGCGAGAGGAAAACCAGGAUGGGGAGAGUCUAGACAACAUUAGUUUGAAGAACUUUGAAGACAGGUGGUGGAACAGGCUGCUGCAGACUGGACUGCUGGGUCCAGAUGGAGGAAAACUGACCACAGAAAAGACUGAAAGUGUAUCAGAAACUUGACAUUUUUUUUUCGAAAAAUAUAUGUUUUGCAUACCUCUCAAGCCAACACAAUGGGACUUCAAUAUGCCAGAUGGAAGGUCAACUGCUAAACCAGUAUUGUAAAAACUCAUACCUGGGAGUUAAAUAUCAUUGGUUUGCAACAGAACAAAUGACAUUUGUACCCUGCUCUGCAUUGUAGCCCUUUUAAGAACAUUUGGCUGGCAUUUUUGCAACACUAUAUUAUCUAGAAUUACUGGCAGGGUCACUCAGAUGCAGGCCGCAGCUUCCUGAAGCCUACCAUGUCUGGACGUUGCAGUGUGAUCCGGAAAUGUCACCAACUUGAAACAGACAUGAAUAAAGAGAAAGCCCUGAGUCAUCUUU